UAUUUGUUUUGCUUUUGGAGCUAUUAUAUGAAUAGUCAUUGAAUUUUUAAUAUAUUUUGAAUCAAGAAUAAAGAUCCUACCUCUACUUACUUGAAUAACUUAACUUUUAGGUUAAAGUCCAUGCCGAAAACUCCUAAAAGUGUUUUUAGUUGACGAUGGAGUCAGCGUUACAGGGCAUAGAGAGUGUUUGCGUGAAGGCUGAGCCUUGUGAAGAUGAGCCCACGUUCUCGAGAGUGUCUGUGAAAGUUGAGCGUUUGCUUGAUGAUGUGUGUGUACAAGACGAGCCCAGGUGCGAGGGUUUGUCUAUAAAAGCCGAACCUUCGUGCUUAGAUGUGCGUGUAAAAGACGAGUCGCUCGGCGUGAGCGCGGCGGCGGCGGCGCUGUACACCGACCACGCCGUUAAAGAUGAGCUAGUGCUCGGCCCCGUGCUAGUGGAGCAGCGCGGUGUGCGCGCACCAACAGGACAAAAUCCACUGAAGAAACCGAGCGCCAAACUUGAAACUUUCCAAUGUGCUCAUUGUGAAUAUACAACAACUAGAAAAUCACAGUUAAUUAGGCAUAUGGGGAAGCAUACUAAUGAGAAGAAAUAUAGAUGUGGCCAGUGUAGCUAUGCUAGCAGACGCAAAUAUGACUUGCAAGUCCAUGUGAGGAAACACACUGGUGAAAAGCCGUACAAGUGUGAUCUGUGUAGUUACUCUUGUGCCCAAAAGAGUAAUAUGAAAGUUCAUGUAAGGAAACACACUGGUGAAAAGCCUUACAAGUGUUACCUGUGUAGUUUCGCCUUUGCCUAUAGCACUACUUUGCAAGUUCAUGUAAGGAAACAUACUAGUGAAAAGCCGUACAAGUGUGAUCUGUGUAGUUUCGCUUGUGCCUAUAAGAGUACUUUGCAAGAACAUGUAAGUAAACACACUGGUGAAAAGACUUACAAGUGUGACCAGUGUAGUUACGCUUGUACCCGAAAAAGUAGUUUGCAAGGUCAUGUAAGGAGACACACUGGUGAAAAGCCGUACAAGUGUGAUCUGUGUAGUUUCGCUUAUGCCCAUAAGAUUUCUUUGCAAUAUCAUGUAAGUAAACACACUGGUGAAAAGACUUACAAGUGUGAUCUGUGUAGUUACUCUUGUGCCCAAAACAGUAAUAUGAAAGUUCAUGUAAGGAAACACACUGGUGAAAAGCCGUACAAGUGUGAUCUGUGUAGCUUCGCUUGUAGCCUUAAGAGUACUUUGCAAGUUCAUGUAAGGAGACACACUGGUGAAAAGCCGUACAAGUGUGAUCUGUGUAGUUACUCUUGUGCCCAAAAGAGUAAUAUGAAAGUUCAUGUAAGGAAACACACUGGUGAAAAGCCUUACAAGUGUGACUAGUACAUGUGAUUUGCAAGCUCAUGUAAUGAAACACAUUGAUGAUGCGCGUUACAAAUGUGACCAGUUUAGUUUUGAUAGUCUCUGCAAGAAAGGCUGGUUGGGUAGGGUAAAAUGGGUAGUUACCAUAAGAGUAAACAUACUAAUGAGAUACUUUACAAGUGUGAUGUUACAAGUACAAAUAAUUGUUCACCAGACCUUGAAGGACAUUAUAAAGUUGCAGGUGAUCCUUGCCAUCCGAUCACGACCACACUUACUCGCGGCGAGAGUCCGCGCCGGCGCCGGCGCCAGGGCCCAGCGCCGCUCCUCCCGGCGUUGGGAGCGGCCACCGCUCGCACGCACAGAGCGAGGCGCGCCGCCUCGACGUGUCGGACGCGGAGACCGAUAGAACGACAGCGGCACCGAUCCACCGGGAGUUUGUUAAAUGACGGCUUAUAGAAAUUAAGCGCUCGGAUAGGAUUUGCUGCUUUCAA